GGGAGGGCAGCAGGGAUGGACUUGAGCUUGCGGAUCUCCUGUUAGAGCCGCCGCGCUUGGAGAGGGCGCCGCAGCAGCGACCAGGAGCCGCCGCCGCCGCCGCCGCCCGAGGCCCCGCUCGGCCCGCGCGCCCUGAGCCUCCCGGCACAGUCUCUUCGCGGCGGCAGAUGUGUGUGGGGUCAGCCCACGGUGGGGACUAUGGUGAAAUUCCCGGCGCUCACGCACUACUGGCCCCUGAUCCGGUUCCUGGUGCCCCUGGGCAUCACCAACAUAGCCAUCGACUUCGGGGAGCAGGCCUUGAACCGGGGCAUCGCGGCUGUCAAGGAGGAUGCGGUGGAGAUGCUGGCCAGCUACGGACUGGCCUAUUCCCUGAUGAAGUUCUUCACGGGUCCCAUGAGUGACUUUAAAAAUGUGGGCCUGGUGUUUGUGAACAGCAAGCGAGACAGAACCAAAGCCGUCCUGUGCAUGGUGGUGGCCGGCGCCAUCGCCGCGGUCUUUCACACCCUCAUAGCUUACAGUGACCUAGGCUACUACAUCAUCAAUAAACUGCACCAUGUGGACGAGUCCGUGGGGAGCAAAACGAGAAGGGCCUUCCUCUAUCUCGCUGCCUUCCCUUUCAUGGAUGCGAUGGCAUGGACCCAUGCUGGCAUUCUCCUAAAACACAAAUACAGCUUCCUGGUGGGAUGUGCCUCAAUCUCAGAUGUCAUAGCUCAGGUCGUUUUUGUAGCCAUCUUGCUUCACAGCCACCUGGAGUGCCGGGAGCCCCUGCUCAUCCCCAUCCUCUCCUUGUACAUGGGCGCCCUUGUGCGCUGCGCCACCCUGUGCCUGGGCUACUACCGGAACAUCCACGACAUCAUCCCCGACCACAGUGGGCCGGAGCUGGGGGGAGAUGCAACAAUCAGAAAGAUGCUGAGCUUCUGGUGGCCGUUGGCGCUCAUCUUGGCUACACAGAGAAUCAGUAGACCUAUUGUCAACCUCUUUGUUUCCCGGGACCUUGGCGGCAGUUCUGCAGCUACAGAGGCAGUGGCGAUUUUGACAGCCACAUAUCCCGUGGGUCACAUGCCAUAUGGUUGGUUGACGGAAAUCCGUGCUGUCUACCCUGCUUUUGACAAGAACAACCCCAGCAAUAAACUGGUGAGCACGAGCAGCACGGUCACGGCGGCCCACAUCAAGAGGUUCACGUUCGUGUGCAUGGCCCUGUCGCUCACGCUCUGCUUUGUGAUGUUCUGGACCCCCAACGUGUCCGAGAAGAUUCUGAUAGACAUCAUCGGCGUGGACUUCGCCUUCGCAGAGCUCUGCGUCAUUCCUUUGCGGAUCUUCUCCUUCUUCCCAGUCCCAGUCACUGUGAGGGCUCAUCUCACCGGGUGGCUGAUGACCCUGAAGAAGACCUUUGUCCUGGCCCCCAGCUCCGUGCUCCGCAUCAUCGUCCUCAUCACCAGCCUCGUGGUCCUGCCCUACCUGGGGGUCCACGGAGCCACCCUGGGCGUGGGCUCCCUCCUCGCGGGAUUUGUGGGAGAAUCCACCAUGGUCGCCAUAGCCGCCUGCUACGUCUAUCGGAAACAGAAAAAGAAGAUGGAGAACGAGUCAGCCGUGGAGGGGGAGGACUCGGCCAUGACGGACAUCCCUGCCGCCGAGGAGAGCACGGACAUCGUGGAAAUGAGAGAGGAGAACGAAUAAGGCGCACGGGCACCGCGGGGACGGUGGGGAUGACACCCCAGCGCCAUCUCCUCUCCUGUCGAGUUCUGGUUCUGGCUUUGGUAACGACAGAGGCCUUGGUCGAAAGGUUUCACGUACACUCCGGCAUACUGGGUAUGCUCCACGCAGCGGGGACCGAGGGAACGGUCUCUGCCAACACUUUGUAAAAACCCACACGACAGUUCUUCGUGCCCCGCUUCAUGAGAACCCAAAAGACAUAGCUGCCUCGUGGUCCACGUUGUCUCCCCUCCCUCAGACCAUCUCCGCUUGGAACCAAAGGACUGCGGCUCUGCCCUCCCUCGCCCGCGGCCACCACUGCCCCGCAGGCCACGGCCUGCACCCGUCCCUCCGCAUCUCUCUGAAGAGUCCACAGGUGACCACUCGGCUUUCCAUGGCUUCCCAGCGGCAUGGCUGCGCAGAGAGGUCACCCCGGUGGCCUCCACCACGGAGUCCUCGCCUGCCCCCUGCACCUGCGCGGGCCGUUCCCGCUGAAGAAGGGAUCUGUGAGUGCGCUGGGCAGCUGGAUGGAGAGAAAAGCGUGAGAUGCCACAGGGACAGCCGCUGACAGCACCGACCACGCGCACCUCACCCGGCCUCCUGCUAGAGCUGGGUGAGCUCUCACACCAGGCCCCGCCGUGUACAUACCUGAGCUAACUUACCCUUGUCACCAAAGCCAUCUCCGAAUUUCAGCAUCCUUCCGCAUGGCUUCCCCCGAAGGCUUGUUUUCCACUCACCCUCCCUGAAGGUGGCGCUAGAGCAAGGGAAUCGGAGCAUUCUAACUCUACCUUGUAGUUUUUACAGUGAACUGCAGCUUUAAGUCGUAAUCUAGCACUCUCAUGCCAGGUUGUCGUAUCGUAACUUUUGAAGUAAUGUCUUACCUGGUCCAGCCAUUCUUAGUCAUAACCAUGCGGUACAGGUAAUUCCUCGUGUACGCCCCUCUCACGCCACAAGAUAAAGCAAGACAUUUUAUAAAACAACUUCAAAGUCACUAUGUGAUACUCCCUGAGAUGAUACAUCUGAAAUCCAUUUAGUGCAGUAUAUUUUUCUAAGUUUUGGAAAGCGGGUUUUUUCUUUAAAAAAAAAAAAUAUGGACACAGUUCAGUAAAUUCUUGAUUUCGUCAAAAUUCCUAGACUGAAAGAACCUAGACACAAAACUAUUUUAAAGAUAUAAAUAUAUACUGUAUAUGUUAUGUAAUUUAUUUUAGGCUAUAAUACAUUUCCUAUUUUCGCAUUUUCAAUAAAAUGUCUCUAAUACAAUACGGCAA